CACGUUAGCAGUGAAUUCUUUCAACUUCCCAGCACUUGGUCCCGCCCUGCCAUGUCAAGCGUGUGAACUUUAGUCCCCCAACUGACAGAAACAGAAAGCAACACAGUGGGGACGAGAGAAAAAGUUGACUGUGGGGAAGUCUCCUGAAUCCUUCAGUGCCUUUGACACCCUGGAGUGGUCACUGUCGGCGUCAGGUGCUGAGUGGUUUUAACCAACAUGAACUGGAAAGUCGAAAGAACCACAAAGAAUGUUUUAGUCGUCAGCUUCGGAUUUUUGUUGCUGUUUACUGCUUUUGGAGGACUUCAGAGUAUCCAGAGCAGUUUGAACAGUGAUCAAGGCCUUGGCUUGGCCUCAUUAAGUGUCAUCUAUGCAGCUCUUAUCCUGUCUUCAAUGUUCCUUCCACCGCUGAUGAUAAAAUAUCUUGGUUGUAAAUGGACCAUUGUUAUCUCCAUGUGCUGCUACGUUGCAUUUUCAAUUGGAAAUUUUUAUCCUAGCUGGUAUACACUUAUUCCCACUGCAAUAAUUCUUGGAACAGGAGGAGCACCACUUUGGUCGGCUAAAUGUGCCUAUCUUACCAUUUGUGGUUACCAAUACGCAAAAAAAUUUAAUAAGAUUGGAGAAAAUAUAGUAAACCACUACUUUGGGAUAUUCUUCCUUGUAUUCCAGUCUUCUGCUGUUUGGGGCAAUCUAUUGUCAUCAUUAAUAUUUCAAUACAGUUCCAGAAAAGGUGUUGGUGUCGGUGGGGUACUCCUUGUUGCUUUUUUUCUGGAUCAACUUGAUAAGAAGGAAAUAGAGGAUUUCAAGGGGAAGGAUGUAAAUAUUUGGGCUGUCUUAGUGGCGACCUUCACACACUUAAGGGACAAGCGUCAAUGUCUACUCAUCGUCAUGACAAUGUACAGUGGGUUUGAACAAGGCUUCCUUGCUGGAGAUUAUACAAAGGCAUAUGUCACUUGUACAAUUGGAAUACAAUUUGUUGGUUAUGUUAUGAUCUGUUUUGGUGCUUCAAAUUCCAUCUUCUCUGUGAUAUUUGGAAAACUCUCAAAAUAUACUGGGCGAAUUCCACUGUUUGCCUUUGCAACCAUCACGAAUCUUGCAUCAAUAAUUUCAUUGUUUUUAUGGAAUCCACGACCAGAACAAAUGCCAGUAUUUUUUGUAUUCCCUUGUCUUUGGGGAAUAGCUGAUGCUGUUUGGCAGACACAGACCAAUGCCCUUUAUGGAGUUCUAUUUCUGAGCCACAAAGAAGCAGCAUUUGCUAACUACCGACUGUGGGAAUCUGUGGGAUUUGUUACAGCAUUUGCUUAUGCAAACUUCUUAUGUAUAAAAGUUAAGCUCAUUAUCUUGGUGAUAGUCCUGUUUUUGGGCAUGAUAAUGUAUGGAAUUGUCGAAUAUAUUGAAUUUGUUCAGUGUGGCAGUGAAACUCCUCACACAGUUUCACAAAUUUUACGCGGUGAGCACCUAAAAACAAAAAAACAGAAGCCAGCUGAACUGGAAGAAGAAGCAAAAGAAGAAACAGAAACCACUGAUGUAAAAUCUGUUGAUGAAAAUGAUGCUGAAACCUAAAAGACAUCCUCUGGGACAAAGUUAUAUGAGCAGCAUCUACAUUUUUCUAAAGAUUAACUAUACACUUUAAAAUAUUGCAUUAUAUGAUUUACUUCAAAAUAAUUUUCUAAGUAUUGUAUUAAAUUUAUAAUGGCCAAGACUGUCUUCCAUAAUAGUCAAGCUGAAUUAGAUAAUGUAACAUUGGUAGGUCCAUGAAUUGGCAUAAAAUAUAGGUUUGAGUUCAUAGGAUAUUUAAGCUGUUUUUUGAAACUCUUACCUAGGCCAGUAACGCAAGUAAACGCAGGGAGGAAAAUGUCAAAUCUCCAAGUCAAAAACGAUUUUGCAACAACUUUUACUGCAACAGCCCAUGCUGGAUCUUUAAAUGAUAACUAGUACUUUUAAUCCAUAAACACAACGUGUUGAAUAUCCUGUGGUAUGUUGGUACUUUUACCUUGAACGUUAGACUAGAAGACCCUAUUAUCAUACUCAUGAUGAUAGCAAUGCUUGUAACCUGAAAUAAAUGUCUCCAAUUCAUCUUGUUUAAAUAGUAAUACUACUUCCUUCCAUAUCAUAAACAUGCCCUUAUGCUGGAGGCCAAAACAAACGUUUGUCCUAAGAGUGAGAUAGUAAAUUUGCUGAUUUAUUUGAUUAAAAGCCA